AAAUCUCCCCUUUGCGUAUUCUGAACCCCACUACCACCUUGCUCUUUGUCUGUCUCUAAGCUUGCUAGGGACCCUGGAGGAAACAGGCACUGAGCCCAUUCUGAUUGUCCAGUUUCUAUCCCAUUUCUGGUUGUGUACCUGUGUGUGUGUGUGAGAGAGAGAGAGAGAGAGAGUGCGUGUGUUGGCUAAAUCUCCCGAGAGAGAGAGAGAGAGAGAGAGAGAGAGAGAAAUGGCUAAAUCUCCCUAGAUCAAAGUCCUUGGAACCAGAUGUACCAGCACCCUAUCUAAACACAGGCCCCUCCUGACUAUCAUUGUUUUAUCACCUUUUUUCCGUCUACCUUCCUCUUCCUCAUAAACCCUAGUUUUCCUCUGUUUCCCUGCCAAAUGGAAGAGUUUUCCCUAAUUACACUCUUCUGCAGGAUGUGGGGGCUCAAGGUUCUGCUGCUACCUGUGAUGAGCUUUGCUCUGUACCCUGAGGAGAUACUGGACACCCACUGGGAGCUAUGGAAGAAGACCCACAGGAAGCAAUAUAACAACAAGGUGGAUGAAAUCUCUCGGCGUUUAAUUUGGGAAAAAAACCUGAAGUAUAUUUCCAUCCAUAACCUUGAGGCUUCUCUUGGUGUCCAUACAUAUGAACUGGCUAUGAACCACUUGGGGGACAUGACCAGUGAAGAGGUGGUUCAGAAGAUGACUGGACUCAAAGUACCCCCAUCUCAUUCCCGCAGUAAUGACACCCUUUAUAUCCCAGACUGGGAAGGUAGAGCCCCAGACUCUGUUGACUAUCGAAAGAAAGGCUAUGUUACUCCUGUCAAAAAUCAGGGUCAGUGUGGUUCCUGUUGGGCUUUUAGCUCUGUGGGUGCCCUGGAGGGCCAACUCAAGAAGAAAACUGGCAAACUCUUAAAUCUGAGUCCCCAGAACCUAGUGGAUUGUGUGUCUGAGAAUGAUGGCUGUGGAGGGGGCUACAUGACCAAUGCCUUCCAAUAUGUGCAGAAGAACCGGGGUAUUGACUCUGAAGAUGCCUACCCAUAUGUGGGACAGGAGGAGAGUUGUAUGUACAACCCAACAGGCAAGGCAGCUAAAUGCAGAGGGUACAGAGAGAUCCCCGAGGGGAAUGAGAAAGCCCUAAAGAGGGCAGUGGCCCGAGUAGGACCUGUCUCUGUGGCCAUUGAUGCAAGCCUGACCUCCUUCCAGUUUUACAGCAAAGGUGUGUAUUACGAUGAAAGCUGCAAUAGUGAUAAUCUGAACCAUGCGGUUUUGGCAGUGGGAUAUGGAAUCCAGAAGGGAAACAAGCACUGGAUAAUUAAAAACAGAAAUUGGCAAGCUGGCUCUAAGAUUCAUAUGGACAUUCAAGGGCUUCAGAAUAGCCAAAACAACCUUGAAAAAGAACAAAGUUGGAGGACUUGCACUUCUCAAUUUCAAAACUUAACUUCAAACCAAUAGUAGUCAAGGCAUACAGAUCAAUGGAAUAGAAUUAAGGGUGUAGAAAUAAACCACGUUCAUUUGACAUGGGGUGCCAAGACAAUUCAAGGUGGAAAAGAAUAGUCUUUUCAAAAAAUCAUGGUGGACAACUGAAUAACAACAUGGAGAAGAAUGAAGUUGGAACACUACUCCACCUCAUAUAAAAAAUUAAUUAAAAAUGGCUAAAAACGUAAAGGUAAGAGCUAAAACUCUUAGAAAACACGGGGGUAAAUCUUCCUGACCUUGAAUUAGGCAGUGGUUAUGACACCACAGCACAAGCAACAACAACAAAAAAUUAGGGCCGGGCACCGUGGCUCACGCCUGUAAUCCCAACACUCUGAGAGGCUGAGGUGGGCGGAUCGCCUGAGGUCAGGAGUUUGAGACCAGCCUGGCCAACAUGGUGAAACCCUGUCUCUACUAAAAUACAAAAAUUAUCUGGGCGUGGUGGCGGGCCCCUGUAAUCCCAGCUACUUGGGAGGCUGAGGCAGGAGAAUCACUUGACCCUGUGAGGUGGAGGUUGCAGGGAGCUGAGAUCAAGCCACUGCACUCCAGCCUGGGUGACAGAGUGAGACUCUGUCUCGAGAAAAAAAAAAAAAAAGAAAAAAGUUAGAUAAAUUGGACUUCUGUCAAAAUUAGAAUUUUUUUGUGCACCAAAGGACACUAUUAAGAGAGGGUAAAGACAACACAGAAUGGGAGAAGAUAUCCACAAGUUAUGUAUCUGGUGAAAGAAUUAAUAUCCAAAAUAUGCAAAGAACUCCCACAACUCUACAAUUAAAAAAAUUAAAAAUGGGCAAAGGACUUGAAUACAUAUUUCACCAAAACAGAUAUACAAAUGGUGAAUAAGCACAUGAAAAUAUGCUCAACAUCACUAGCCUAUAAGGAAAUGUAAACCAAAACCACAGUGAGAUACACUUCAUACCCAUUAGAAUGGCUAUUGCAACAACAACAACAACAACAACAACAACAAACCUGGAAUAUAACAAGUGUUGAUGAGGAUGUGAAGAAACUGGAACUCUUGUACAUUGUUAGUGGGAAUGUAAAAGGGUGCAGCUGCAGUGGAAAACAGUGUGUUGGUUCCACAAAAACUUAAACAUAGAAUUACCAUAUAAUCCAGCAAUUCCACUCCUGGGUUUAGAUCCAAAAUAAUUGAAUGCAGGGAUUCAGAUACUCAUACACCAAUGUUCUUAGCAGCAUUAUUCACAAAAGCCCAAAGGUAGAAACAACCCAGUGUCCAUUAACAGAUGAAUGGAUAGCCUAAUGUGGUAAUAUUCUACACAAAGGAAUAUUAUUCAGCCAUAAAAAGAAAUAGAAUUCUGGCUGGAACGGUGGCAUGCCUGCAUAGUCCCAGCUACUAGGGAGGCUGAGGUGGGAGGAUCGCUUGAGCCCAGAAGUUUGAAUCCAGCCUCGGCAACAUAGUGAAACCCCACCCCAGGUAAAAGAGAAAGAGAGAAGAAACAAAGAGGCUGGGCACGGUGCCUCAAGCCUGUAAUCCCAGCAUUUUGAGAGGCUGGGGCGGGUGGAUCACUUGAGGCCAGGAGUUCGAGACCAGCCUGGCCAGCGAGGUGAAACCCUGUCUCUACUAAAAAUACAAAAAUUAGCUGGGCACAGUGGCUCAUGCCUGUAAUCCCAGCUACUUGGGAGGCUGAGGCACAAGAAUCGCUUGAACCCUGGAGGCAGAGGUUGCAGUGAGCUGCGAUCGCACCACUGCACUCCAGCCUGGGCGACAGAGUAAGACUCCAUCUCAAAAAAAAUAAAUAAAUAAAUAAAACUUUCCUAUUAUUUAGCCAUGUGAUUCCAAAUUAAAUAUUGCUCAAUCAUUUUGUUGUUAUUCUUCUCUACUUCUCUUUUGGUCCAUAUUAGCAAAUUCUGUCCCUGCCUCUUCAAAAUAUAAUAUGAAUCUGGCCUUUUCUCUCUCCCUCUACCAUGACCACACGGUUUAAGCUCCCUUUGUUUCCCCCUAGUCUUAUGUGAUAGUCCUCUAACUUCCCUACUUCUGCACUACACUCCGCCCUACAGUCUGUUUUUCCCUGUACAAAACUCUCCCAUUACUCUUUCAUUUGUUUAACAAAUAUUAAGCCUCUACUAUGAGGCAGGCACUGUUCUGGUAAUUCAACAGUGACAAAAAUUCAUAACCUCAUUGGGUUUAUAUUUUAGUGAACUUAAAAUAUAAUACAAAAGUCUUAAGUGGCCUACAAGCAGCAUGAUCUGGUCCCAGGCUGUUUUGUUUGUUUGUUUGUUUGUCUGUUUGUUUUUGAGAUGGAGUUUUGCUCUUGUUGUCCAGGCUGGAAUGCAAUGGCGUGAUCUCAGCUCACUGCAACGUGCACCUCCCAUGUUCAAGUGAUUCUCCUGUCUCAGCCUCCUGAGUAGCUGGGAUUACAGGUGCCUGCCACCUUGCCUGGCUAAUUUUUGGUAUUUUUAGUAGAGACGGGGUUUCACCAUGUUGGCCAGGCUGGUCUCCAACUCCUGACGUCAAGUGAUCACCCGUCUUGGCCUCCCAAAGUGCUGGGAUUACAGGCGUGAGCCACCAGGCCCGGCCUUUUUUUUUUUUUUUUUUUUUUUUUUUUUGAGGCAGGGUCUCACUCUGUCACCCAGAUUGGAGUGCAGUGGCACAGUGACAUCUCACUGCAGCAUCGACCUCCCGGGCUCAAGUGAUCCUCCCACCUCAGCCUCCCGAGUAACUGGGACUACAGGCACAUGUCACCAUGCCCAGCUAAUUUUUGUAUUUUUUGUAAAGAUGAGGUUUUGCCAUGUUGCCCAGGCUGGUCUCGAACUCCUAGACUCCAGUAAUCCGCCUGCUUCAGCCUCCCAAAGUGCUAGGAUUAACCAGCGUGAGCCACUGCACCUGGCCCAGGCCACCUGUCUGACUUCAUUUCAGCCUGUGGUGUUAUGGAAAGUGGUUAUCUAAACAAAAUUAGAAUGCCAUUAGAAAUAAGGAGUUGUUCAAGAAAUGCUCAUGCCCAUAUAAAAGAGUGCUUAUCAACACCUCUUCCCCAGUGAGAGACAGCCCAGGGCCUUAUUUGGUUACUGUGUUCAACUCUAAGACCAGGAUUUCUGGCUGAUGAUUUCUUUCUGAUUUCUUUCUCAAAUUUGGGUAUGGCUCCUUGAGGCCUGGCAAGCAGAUGCUUAAUAUUUGUUAAAUAAACGAAAGAGAAAUGGGAGAGUUUUGUACAGGGGAGUGAUGUGAACUGGGGUACAGGGAAGAAUAGACUGUAGGGCGGAGUGUAGCGUGGAAGUAGGGAAGUUAGAGGGCUGUUACGUAAGUCUAGCGGGGAAAUGGUGGGAACUUAAACUGUGGUCAUGGUAGAGGGAGAAAGAAAUGGCCAGAUUCGCUUAUACUGGGUAAAACUUAAACUAUCUUAGCCAAUAUAUCUUUUAAAAAAAUGGAAAGGAACAGAGUAAUUACAAUGAAAACUCUAAUUCUGCAAAGAAGAGAAUGGAUGAAAAAUAGCACACAGUUAUCGUUGAUCUGUAGCAUAAAUUAUGUCCUGCUAGACAGGAAUAUGGAAGACUCCCUGCCUGGCAGUAGAACGAGUUCCUUGGCAAGGUAACUGGGAAACUUGAGGCUCGCUUUCUAUGGGGAUCUUCUUUAUUUUAUUUUUAUUUUUUAUUUUUUUUUGAGACGGAGUCUUUCUCUGUCCCCCAGGCUGGAGUGCAGUGGCGCGAUCUCGGCUCACUGCAGGCUCCGCCUCCCGGGUUCAUGCCAUUCUCCUGCCUCAGCCUCCCGAGUAGCUGGGACUACAGGCGCCCGCCAACACGCCCGGCUAAUUUUUUGUAUUUUUAGUAGAGACGGGGUUUCACCGUGUUAGCCAGGAUGGUCUCGAUCUCCUGACCUCGUGAUCCGCCCGCCUCAGCCUCCCAAAGUGCUGGGAUUACAGGCGUGAGCCACCGCGCCCAGCGGGGAUCUUCUUUAUGGUCUAGCAUGGCUCCUGCUUCUUCCUGCUAGAGGAUCUUACUUGUCUCUUAUUCUCCACGGCUAUGCCAGAGAUGGGCACAUGGAAAUGCCCUUUCUGGGCAUGCCCUACUCAACUUUAGCUGUGGUACAAAUUGGAAACCUAGAAAAUACAAUAGAUUGCUGGGCCUGGGGUUUCUUUGGCAAUACGUUCCCAUAAAAGCUCAGUAGCUUUUGGUCUGAGUUAUCACACCCAAAAAAUGUUUUUCUAGAUAAAAUGUUUAAACCUGAGAAUUUGAAACUCCUAGGAAUCAACCUCAGUGCUGUGCCAUCCCCUGACCUCCAUUUAAUGGUACUUGUCCUAAGUAGCUCAAAAUAAAAGCCGUAAGAGCAGAUGUAUACCCAUAAUCUGAGCUAUGCCCUCUUUUCUGGGAAAAUGCUUAGCUGGAGGUGCAUGACAGAAGCCUGGAACUCUGGUCUUAUUUCUUGCUAAAUCUUUUGCCUCCUUGCCUCUGCAUUAAGUUUAGUUUGGUGCUUUUUAUUUAUUUAUUUAUUUUUUGAGAUGGAGUCUUGCUCUGUUGCCCAGGCUGGAGUGCAGUGGUACAAUCUUGGCUCACCGCAGCCUCUGCCUCCUGGGUUCAAGCGAUUCUCCUGCCUCAGAGUAGCUGGAAUUACAGACUUCCACCACCACACCCGGCUAACUUUUGUAUUUUUAGUAGAGAUGGGGUUCUGCCAUAUUGGCGAGGCUGGUCUCAAAUUCCUGAUCUCAAGUGAUCCGCCCACCUCGGCCUCCCAAAGUGCUGAGAUUAUAGGUGUGAGCCACUGCACCCGACCAGUUUGGUACUUUUUCUCCUAUAGGGCUCUAAACUAUGGGAUUCUAUAUUGCAGGCUAUAGGCAGAAAGAACUUCACUUAGCAAAGCAAUAUAUUAUUCUCUCUAUGCUUCUAGAUAGAACACUUUCAGAUUAAGUUACUUGUAUUUCUUGUAUUCUUUCUUUUUUUUUUUUUUUUUUUUUUUUUUUUGAGACGAAGUCUUGCUCUGUUGCCCAGACUGGAGUGCAGUGGUGUGAUCUUAGCACACUGCAACCUGUGCCUCCCACGUUCAAGCAAUUCUCCUGCCUCAGCCUCCCAAGUAGCUGGGAUUACAGGCAUGCGCCACCACGCCCGGCUAAUUUUUGUAUUUUUAGUAGAGACAGGGUUUCACCAUGUUGUCUGGGCUGGUCUCGAACACCUGACCUCACGUGAUCUACACGCCUCGACCUCCCAAAGUGCUGGGAUUACAGACAUGAGCCACUUUCUGAAGCCUACAAAAGGAGCCAACAUAUGCCAACAUGCUGAAUUUUUCCUAUCAUUUCUUUUUCUUCUUCUUCUUUUUUUUUUUUAAGACAGGGCCUCACUCUGUUGCCCAGGCUUGAGUGUAGUGGCACAAUCAUGGCUCACUGCAGCCUCGACCUCCUGCACUCAAGUGAUCCUCCCAUCUCAGCCUCCCGGGUAGCUGGGACUACAG